UCCUGCCGCCUGCGCCUUGCGGUCCUUCCUCUGCGCCCGAGAACAUGGCGGCAGCCGCUUUCGCGGUCCCGCGGGGAAUUCAGCUGCGGGUGUUCGCUGAGCGGCUGCUGCGAGGAGGGGUCCGGGAGCUCCUCCGGCCGCGACCUUUAGGGAGCACCCCCGGCUCGGAGCGCGACUUCAGCCUGUCUCUCAGUCGGGGCACGGUCAUCGUAGAGCGCUGGUGGAAAGUGCCGCUAGCGGGAGAAGGCCGGAAACCGCGCCUGCACCGGCGACACCGCGUCUACAAGCUCGUGGAAGAUACGAAACACCGGCCCAAAGGCAGCCUGGAGCUCAUCCUCACCCAGUCGGUGGACGAACUUGGAGUCCGAGGUGACCUGGUCUCGGUGAAAAAAUCUGUGGGCCGUAAUCGACUACUUCCUGAAGGACUGGCUGUGUAUGCAUCUCCUGAAAACAAGAAGCUGUUUGAAGAAGAGAAACUGCUGAGACAAGAAGGAAAACUAGACAAGAUCCAGACCAAGGCAGGUGAGGCGACAGUGAAAUUUCUGAGGAGUUGUCACCUGGAGGUGGGAAUGAAGAACAAUGUCAAAUGGGAGCUAAACCCUGAAAUAGUUGCCCGCCACUUUCUCAGAAAUCUUGGCGUUGUGGUUGCCCCACAUGCGUUAAAGUUGCCCGAAGAGCCCAUCACCCAGAGGGGUGAGUACUGGUGCGAGGUGACGGUAAAUGGACUUGACACUGUGAGGGUACCUAUGUCCGUGGUGAACUUUGAGAGGCCCAAAACCAAAAGAUAUAAGUACUGGUUAGCCCAGCAAGCUGCCAAGGGAAUGGCCUCCACCAGCUUCCAGAAGAUCUGAACCUGUUCUCCCUCGAAAGCAGUGAAGCAGAAACAGAGGAACGGUGGAGCAAAGAUGAACCAGCACUGUGAUGCUGCUCCUGGCUCUGACCAAACACGGGAUUUUAGAGAGCGUACAGAGGCAGCAACAGCAGAUCGGACUGUAUGUAUGUGUUUAAUCGUCCAUAUUUGCCAUCUUCAACAGUUAUCACAUUUGGCCUUAUUAGGGAUGCCUGCUCCAGAAGUACAGGCUGUGGAUUUGAUAAGCUAAAUGUUAAUAGACCAAAAGAGUCUAGAUCCUACUUAGCCUCUUCCUUCAUUGGAAUUCAUUGCAAUAAAUGGUAGAGCUAGCUAGCUUAUUCUCAUCAUCCAAACUGAACACUGUAUCUAAGAAAAAAUAAAAAGCUUGUGUUCUUUUUA